AUGGCGCUCCGAGCGGCGCGAUGCGUGCGGGCCGCGGCCUGCAGCCUGCGCGCCCCGUCGGCGCCCCCCGCGCCCUGCUCGCCGCGUCCCUGGGGCCUGAGGGCGGGCGCCGUGCGGACGCUGCGCACCGGCUCCAGUCUGCUCUCGGUGCGUAAAUUCACAGAAAAACAUGAAUGGAUAACAACAGAAAAUGGUAUUGGAACAGUGGGAAUCAGCAAUUUUGCACAGGAAGCUUUGGGAGAUGUUGUUUACUGUAGUCUGCCUGAAAUUGGGACAAAACUGAACAAACAAGAUGAGUUUGGUGCUUUGGAAAGUGUGAAAGCUGCUAGUGAACUGUAUUCUCCUCUGUCAGGAGAAGUAACUGAAAUUAAUGAAGCUCUUGCCGAAAAUCCAGGACUUGUCAACAAAUCUUGUUAUGAAGAUGGUUGGCUGAUCAAGAUGACAUUGAGUAACCCUUCAGAACUAGAUGAACUAAUGAGUGAAGAGGCAUAUGAGAGAUACAUAAAAUCUAUUGAAGAGUGACACUGGAACCCGCCCCCCUAAAUAAAGUAGUAUGAAACAACUUAAUCUAGCAUAGUUGUCUUAAAUUAGUGGUGGAUAGCAAUGCUAUUGGAUGAAAAUAACCCUUAACUUUCUAAUGAUGGCAGAUAAACACAAUAUGCGUCUUUUUCACAACACCCUAUGAUGUUUUUAAGCUAGGCUACAGUUAUAAUAUUCAGAAUUCCUGAAAUUAUCUGUGGUGAAACUAGUUAAGAAAAUUAUGUAUUUCAAGGAUAAUAUUAUUUUAAGCCCUAUAUAAUGUUGUAACUUGCUUACAUCAGUCUCUGGAUUUGGGUCAAAAUACUUAAUGAUCUUGCCAUUGGAAAUAACGGGCAUUAGAGAAAAGUUUUUGUUAGUUGUUACGGUGUCAGAUGACGAACAAUACUGUCUUAAUUGAGCAAUAUACUGAGUUUGCUGGUGCUAUUUUUAUACACUGAAGCAGCAGCCUUGCAGGAAAACAAGAAAGUUUAAUAAUAAAACAUUCAACUUCUUCAUUAAUCAUGUUUUUGUUUUUGGUGUUAAUAUUUCAUUUAGUGACCCUGCUUAUUUGUGA